AUGUCAACUAGAAAAGCUUGGGCACUCCCUCUUGUGCCGGCAUACUUUGAUGUUCUGAGAUACUAUCAAUACCUCACGAAAACACGCUUGGUGGAAUCGACGCUGGAUAAUUAUUACAGUGGACUUGUUCCACCUACAGCAAGUUACGAAAAAGCUGCACAGGAAUGUUUGCGCGCUAUUCUGAGUUCGACUAGAUACGAUUCAGAAGAUCAGCGAGUAUCUGCCAUUCUAGCAUCUCUUAUCGAUGAAGCUAUCUUCAGUGUGGCUCACAAUGUUCCUCGAUUAGGAGAUUAUAGGGUUGCUUACGACGUACAAAGUGAAUGUUUUUGGAUACGCUCAGGUUUUAUGUUCCUUUAUGAUGUGAAAGAAAUUGGCAGUAAUGAAAUUACGCGGAAAAUACGCAAAAGUCCCAAGUUCAUAGGAGACGACAGGCGCAAACUGGGAGAGUUAGCCUUUGUAUCUCGCGAUCACCUCGCUGUGCAAUUGAGAUCUCGUGAACCGCUUGCACCGCUACAUUCACUG